CCCGGGCGUGGCGGCCUCGCAGACCCAGAGCCGGCCUCCGCCACCGCGCACCCGGGCCUUGACCCCGCAGCCACGCGCAACCCUUGGCGCUAUGGACCCUGCGCUGGCCGCGCAGAUGAGCGAGGAGGUGGCGGAGAAGGUGCUCCAGUACCGGCGGGACGAGUCAGGAUGGAAGAUUUGCCGGGAAGGCAAUGGAGUUUCAGUUUCCUGGAGGCCAUCUAUGGAGUUUCCAGGGAACCUGUACCGGGGAGAAGGAAUCGUGAACGCGACACCAGAGAAGGUGUGGGACUGCAUCAAGCCGCUUGCUGGGACCCUUCGGGACAAGUGGGAUGAGAAUGUGAGCAGCUUUGAAAUUAUCGAAAGCCUCACUGAUAUGCUCUGCGUGAGCAGAACCGCCAGCCCCUCAGCCGCCAUGAAGCUCAUUUCCCCCAGAGACUUCGUGGACUUGGUGCUCGUCAAGAAGUAUGAGGAUGGGACCCUCAGUUCCAAUGCUGUCAACGUGGAGCAUCCAUUGUGUCCCCUGAAGCCAGGUUACGUGAGAGGCUUUAACCACCCUUGUGGCUGCUUCUGCGAGCCUCUGCCAGGGGAGCCCGAGAAGACCAACCUGGUCACAUUCUUCCAGACCGACCUCAGCGGCUACCUCCCACGGAGUGUGGUGGACUCCUUCUUCCCCCGCAGCAUGGCGGGGUUCUAUGCCAACCUGGAGAAAGCCGUGAAGACCUUGUACAACUGACGUUCUCACCUACUGGCCGAGGGCUCCCGUGACUCACGCAGAGCUCCCAAUGGCGGGGUACCGGAGAGCCCCGAGGGCCGGUUUUCAGCCUUUGGGACCCGCUUGGGGACAGCUCGUCUCCGAGAAGCUGGCUGGAGUGGCCCCCGCCGCCCCGCUCCCCCUGCCCCCUCGGGGCCGGCCUGGGGGAGUCGCUCCUGUGCCCUCUCUGCUGGUUGUCCACACACCUGCAGGCAGUGGACCCCAGGGCAUGCGCUCUGGUCUGAAGCCUGUGUGUGCCAGUCCCCGCCAGAGACCGCCUGCGCCCCCCACCCCGUCUGUCAGAAAGAACCCCCAUCGACACCGAAAGCCAGGCUCUGCUGCCUUGUGAGUAUCCGGUGCCCUCCAGCCUGAUAACACCGCACCAGAUUUCCCCCCCUUAAAAAGAUAACGGCUUGGAAAAUACCGUUUUAACAAAUGAGAUAAGCGCUGAGGAAAAAUACAUUCACUGUUUCUUUU